UUCUCGCAGUCGAGGCGGUCACAGUAGUUCUUAUUAGGUGCGUGUUAUGGUGUGUAGAAUUUUAAAAUGUUGUACAGUCCCACCGGUUUAAAAGAAUGCUUUCAGGAGUGGGAGGCUCUGGAGAAGGACUAUCAACAGGUCCAGGAGACCCACCGGUUAUACAGGCAAAAGCUGGAGGAGGUCACCAAGCUGCAGGACAGCUGCCUGGCCUCCAUUGCUCGGCAGAAGAAGAAAUUGAAGGAGCUCUCUGCUUCACUGGAGGAAUGCAGACCAACUCUGAAAUCGGAGGAGGUGAUGACUUUAGAGGCAAUCCAGAGUUCGAUUAAAGAAAGGCCAAACAUAUUCUUUGAGAUGGAGGCCUUUCUUCCAAAGAAGAAUGGGUUGUAUCUCAGUCUUGUUCUUGGGAAUGUAAAUGUGACUCUACUCAAUAAACAUGCCAAGUUUGCCUACAAAGAUGAAUAUGAAAAAUUCAAACUGUGUCUCACUGUCCUACUCCUACUGUUCUCCUUCACAUGCCGGUUUGUGGUUAGUUAUAGAGCUUUGGAUGCACUCUUUAAUUUCCUGCUGGUGUGGUACUACUGCACCCUGACUAUCCGGGAAAGCAUCCUCAUCAACAAUGGGUCCAGGAUCAAGGGCUGGUGGGUGUUUCACCACUAUGUUUCCACAUUUCUCUCUGGAGUUAUGUUGACCUGGCCAGAAGGCAAACUGUACCAGAUGUUCAGGAACCAAUUUCUUGCCUACUCUUUGUACCAAAGCUUUGUGCAGUUUCUCCAGUACUAUUACCAAAGUGGGUGUCUGUACAGACUUCGAGCUCUGGGAGAGAGGCACAACAUGGACCUUACUGUCGAAGGGUUUCAGUCCUGGAUGUGGAGAGGUCUGACUUUCCUACUGCCCUUCCUCUUUUUUGGUCAAUUUUGGCAGCUCUACAAUGCACUGACCCUGUUCAAGAUGGCCCAGCUGCCAGACUGUAAAGAGUGGCAGGUCGUCAUGUGUGGUUGCUCUUACCUUGUUUUAUUCCUGGGGAACUUUUUCACCACACUUGGUGUAGUCUACCACAAGUACAAGAACAACCAGGACAAAGCCAAGACACUCUGAGAGCUAUAACAUAAGAGACUGAAAGACAACAUGGGGCCCAUGGACUUUUUUUAAUCUAAUUAUUUUUGUUAUUGUAUUUUUAAUUAAAAUGUGUUUGCCCAGCGUUUAGCUGUGGAAAUGUCAAGCUACAGUUCACAUCGCCCUGUUUCACUCCUUGUUAUUUGUCCCUCACCAUAUCUUAUGGACACCUGUUUCUGAGCUUUUUUUUUUUUUUUUUUUUUUUUUUUUUUUUAAUCCUUAUUUGGAUUUGGCUGGUUUCUAAUUAAUCUGAUGGAUUUUAUCAACAUUUAUCAUGUGCCCAUUCAUUUAUUUUAUGGAAUUGCUUAUCUCUUCAGAGUCAUACUGAUAAACAUUAUGACCCAGAUUAUGAGCCAACUGAUGAGAGAACACAUUAUGUAACAUUUAUGUUACAGCAUAUAUUUAUUCCAAAAGACCACCACUGGAUGCAACUACAGGUAAAUUUGACUUAGCUGGUGCAUUAAAUUAACACAAAUUGACACUUGGAUCUGUAAGUGCUUGCUGUGAUGGUUUUCUGUUGAUUUAGAUAUUAUGCUGAAUACCAGUCACUCUUGGUUAAAUUUUAAACGUGUCAGUUGGAGCAAGUGUAGCAGACUGAAUUGUCAUAUUUUCCUCAUUACUAUCAAGAACUUUCUGGUCUUAAUGAACUGGAAUAAAUUGAAACAAGUUAAUGGAUGUGCACAUAUCCAAAUGAUACUCAUAGAGAUUUUCAUUUAAGAUAUUACAUGGUAAAAUGAGAACAAAUUAACUUUGACUAAUUCUUAUAUGCUUUGAUGGUUUCAAUUAUAGAAUUUAUUACUCAUCUCUUGAGAUUUGCCUAUUUAAAUUCAGCUUGACAAGGAGAUUUUGUGCAUUUAGAUUUUGUGGAUCUCUGGGCAGCUGGCUAGCGUUAGUCAUUCACGUUUACAUUUACAUUUAUAUAUUUAGCUGAUCCUGUGGAAGGCUAGAAAGUUCAUCUAGGGUGAAACCCCGAUCAGCUUAGCAAAACAUUUCACCUUCAAGAAUCCUGACUUGUGCUGUAUAAGUGGCCUUGCACCUUUCUUACCUUUGUGGGCAGCGAUGCGAAGACGUACCUGGGAUCAAUUCCCUAGCCAGCCCUGAACCACUCCUUCAUGUGUUUUUUUUUUUUUUUUUUUUUUUUUUUUUGGGCUGUUACUGUAUCUUCUAGUUCACAUAUUUUAUUGAAAUGGUUUCCG